CCGCGGCGGGAGCGGCGGGAGCCGGGCGGCCGCGUCGUCACUCCGGCGAGCGAGGCGUCGGCCGGGGCCGGGGCUGGGGCAGCGGCGGCCGCGCGGGGCAUGGAGCUGGCAAGCCCGCGCUGAGGCGGGACGCGCCUGCUGGCCGCGAGCGAGAGGCUCUCCGGCGUCCGGCGCGCGGGCUCCCGGCCGGGGCCGGGCAAACUUUUCUUUCUCUUUUGCCCUCGCCAGAGGCGCCUUCUGCGGCGGGCGGACCGACUCCUCGGCGCGGCGGGGCCGGGGCAAGCUGGACGCAGCAUGAUGCGCGCAGUGUGGGAGGCGCUGGUGGCGCUGGCGGCGGUGGCGUGCCUGGUGGGCGCGGUGCGCGGCGGGCCCGGGCUCAGCAUGUUCUCGGGCCAGGCGGCGCAGCCCGACCCCUGCUCGGACGAGAACGGCCACCCGCGCCGCUGCAUUCCCGACUUUGUCAACGCGGCCUUCGGCAAGGACGUGCGCGUGUCCAGCACCUGCGGCCGGCCCCCGGCGCGCUACUGCGUGGUGAGCGAGCGCGGCGAGGAGCGGCUGCGCUCCUGCCACCUCUGCAACGCGUCCGACCCCAAGAAGGCGCACCCGCCCGCCUUCCUCACGGAUCUCAACAACCCGCACAACCUGACGUGCUGGCAGUCCGAGAACUACCUGCAGUUCCCGCACAACGUCACUCUCACGCUGUCGCUCGGCAAGAAGUUCGAGGUGACCUACGUGAGCCUGCAGUUCUGCUCGCCGCGGCCCGAGUCCAUGGCCAUCUACAAGUCCAUGGACUAUGGGCGCACGUGGGUGCCCUUCCAGUUCUACUCCACCCAGUGCCGCAAGAUGUACAACCGGCCGCACCGUGCGCCCAUCACCAAGCAGAACGAGCAGGAGGCCGUCUGCACCGACUCGCACACCGACAUGCGCCCGCUCUCGGGCGGCCUCAUCGCCUUCAGCACGCUGGACGGGCGGCCCUCCGCGCACGACUUCGACAAUUCGCCGGUGCUGCAGGACUGGGUCACGGCCACGGACAUCCGCGUGGCCUUCAGCCGCCUGCACACGUUCGGUGACGAGAACGAGGACGACUCGGAGCUGGCGCGCGACUCCUACUUCUAUGCCGUGUCCGACCUGCAGGUGGGCGGCCGCUGCAAGUGCAACGGCCACGCCGCCCGCUGCGUGCGCGACCGCGACGACAGCCUGGUGUGCGACUGCAGGCACAACACGGCCGGCCCGGAGUGCGACCGCUGCAAGCCGUUCCACUACGACCGGCCCUGGCAGCGCGCCACGGCCCGCGAGGCCAACGAGUGCGUGGCCUGUAACUGUAACCUGCACGCCCGGCGCUGCCGCUUCAACAUGGAGCUCUACAAGCUGUCGGGACGCAAGAGCGGGGGUGUCUGUCUGAACUGCCGCCACAACACGGCCGGCCGCCACUGCCACUACUGCAAGGAGGGCUACUACCGCGACAUGGGCAAGCCCAUCACCCACCGCAAGGCCUGCAAAGCCUGCGAUUGCCACCCCGUGGGCGCGGCCGGCAAGACCUGCAAUCAGACGACGGGCCAGUGCCCCUGCAAGGACGGUGUGACCGGCAUCACGUGCAACCGCUGUGCCAAGGGCUACCAGCAGAGCCGCUCUCCCAUCGCCCCCUGCAUAAAGAUCCCUGUGGCACCACCGACCACGGCCGCCAGCAGCGUGGAGGAGCCAGAAGACUGUGAUUCCUACUGCAAGGCCUCCAAAGGGAAGCUGAAGAUUAACAUGAAAAAGUACUGCAGGAAGGACUAUGCGGUUCAGAUCCACAUCCUGAAAGCGGACAAGGCAGGGGACUGGUGGAAGUUCACAGUGAACAUCAUCUCCGUGUACAAGCAGGGCACGAGCCGCAUCCGCCGUGGUGACCAGAGCCUGUGGAUCCGCUCACGGGACAUCGCCUGCAAGUGUCCCAAAAUCAAGCCCCUCAAGAAGUACCUGCUGCUAGGCAACGCGGAGGACUCGCCCGACCAGAGCGGCAUCGUGGCGGACAAAAGCAGCCUGGUGAUCCAGUGGCGGGACACGUGGGCGAGGCGGCUGCGCAAGUUCCAGCAGCGCGAGAAGAAGGGCAAGUGCAAGAAGGCCUAGCGCGGUGGCCGUGGCGCCAGGGCGGGCAGGCAGGGCGGGGCGUGGGGCCAAGCGGGCUUUCCCGGCGGUGGGGGGCGUGGGGAGCGGGCAGGGGCGGGGCUGCAGGGUGGGGCCUUGGGCCGUGGCCCCGCCCCAGCCUCCCCUCCCCCUCCCACUGCGCGCGCCCGGGGUUGGGAGAGAUGAGGACGAGACUUAGCUACCUCACGGGCUCCUUCCAGAGCAGCGGCGCGCUCUCCGGGCAGAGCAGGCCUGACCUGGGGUGGGGGUGGGGUGGACGAGGGGCCGGGGUUGGGGGCCCAGAGCUGUGCAGGUGGGGCCACCCCCUCAGCGCCGGCCGGUUCUGGAGAGGGGGACGUGAGAACUGUGAACCCUGGGGUGGGAGGCGCUGAGCGAGACACCCCACUUCCCCCCCACCCCCCCGACCCUCCUUUGUCUGGGGAUCCCCACGCGGACCCCUGGCCGCGACGACUUGGGCCCCCUCAGGCCCUUGGGGGUCCAGAACAGUCCCCAGGUGGCCUGUGGCCUCUGCUGCCACCUGCUGAGUUGGUCCUGGGGGGGUGGUUCUUGGGGCAGGGUGGGGAUUCCCUUUGGUGGAGCCAGAGGACUGCGAUCCCGGGUUGGCGCCUGUCCCCGCUGGGGUGCGCAAUGGGUGCUAGCCCAUGCCCAGGGCAGUGGGCCCAAGGACACCCCCAAAGAGCCGCAGCCGGGUGGUCACCGCCUCACGCUGGAGCUGCCUGUUGGAGGAGGCCUUGCGAAGGCAAAACCUCCCAAAGAGUUUCCUUUCUGGAAACUUGGAACCAGCCCCUUUAUGACAUUUUCCAGGGAAGGGGGAAGGGGCCGUGACACUAUUUGUGUAAUGAAGUCAGCUCCUGGGAAGGGCCUGGGGCAUGGAAUGCAGGUUUGCACAGGCAGCUGGGCCAGGCUGGGGGAAGGGGUUUGUCCAGGAGGGCCAGGGUUUGUGGGCUCAGCAAGGUCCCAGGGUGCCCGAGCCUCAGCCAGGUAGUGACAGGGAUGACCAGGUUCCUGUGGGCCAAGGAAGCCAUGACCACUUCCUGUUGCUGCCCUCACUCCCGCAUCCCUCGGGAAAGGGACAGAGACUGCUGGACCAAGCAAGCCCGCUGCAGCCACCCCUGCCUGGGGCUCCCCCUCCGGCUGCGCAACACCUCACCUGCUUCUUUCCGGCUACCCCUUCUUUGUGGAGGCCUUCCGUGCCCCAUGGUAUGGCCAGGCCUCCUUUCCAAAGCUUUCUGGAGAUACUGUCCCCAAACAGGCAGCCCCAGACCUUUGGCCCUUUGGCUCUCUGCACACAGGGCCCAUCAUCGAGGCCUGGGGCCUUUCUGCUGCCCUGCCUCGGAGCUCUCUGCACUGCCCAGGGGCCUCUGGCCCAGUCCUCACACCCGGCACACUGAAUUAGAGGCCUGGCUCUGCUCUCAGUCAGGAAAUUGGUUUCAUUUUCCCUGCCGGAGCUCGGUGGCUUGCAAGGGUCAGACCAAGUAUGAAGCUCAGCCCCUCGUGGUCUGGCUUCCCUCCGCCUCCCCUGCUUCGGCUCACAGCUCAGCUGUCUUACUGAGCACCUGCUCUGUGCCAGGCACUUUACCCACGUGACCUUACCUAAGCCUCAUGACGACCCCGAGACAGGGAUUCUCAGCCCGCUUCUGCCAGCGAGGACACUGCUCAAGGUCACAGGCAAGUAAGAGGCAGAGCUGGGUUCAGACUCCAGAGCCGGGCCUUCUGGCCACAAUGCCCCUCACUGCACACUGCCCUGUAGCCCACCCACCCCCUCGGUUCGCACGGCUGGGUCGCUGCUGAGACACUGGCCCUGGUGACUGCAUCUAGCUUGGGGAAGAGAAAUCAGGGUGGGGACGGGGACAGGGUCCCGGGGCUGGGCACAACAUCUUAAGAGGUGGCGGAAAGAGUGGGUGAGGCAGGGCGUAAACUCGCCACAGGUCCAAGAAGGCAGUCCUUGGCUAAUCCUGAAACGUCGUAGAAAGGACAUUUGGCUGCCUGGGGGUGUUUGGUGAGCUUCCAGAACAGACUGGGAGAGACGCCUAAGGGGGCAGGGAGAGGACAGCACUGUCCUGGGAAGGAGCACCCAGGCCCACGGCUGGGUGCACAGGGACCCCACCAAGCAGCCAGCCCUCCUCGCCCCAGGCCUGGGAGGUUUGUGAGCACCAAGAGCAUCUCUGAGGUCUCCCUAACUGCUGGGCCCCCUUCUUGAAAGGGCCGGCUCUCUUUUCUGCUCACACUUGUCUGGCUUCUCCACUCUGCCUAGAAAGGCUGUGCCCUCCUGGGCCUGAGUGUCACCCUACGUCCCCUGAGGGGCUGGCACUGGUGGUCUCCGAGGCCCCCUCGCCUCUCGCUUUAAAUUCCACCAGCCUGCCCCUCAGCUCAGCACCCCGAGGGCGCAGGCUCUCCUGUCCCCCCUCCCCUGCCCCGUGGCCAGGCCCCAGAGCAGCCCGUGGUGGGGGAUGGGGGGAGGACCCUGGAGGGAGAGUUCAGUCAUCCCAGCCUGCCUCGCCCAUCUCGAGGACACAGCCCUCCGCUCCUCUGAGUCCAGCCACCAAGUUCAGCAGCGAGGGCCCAUCCCGGGGAAAGCACCCUCUUCCAGCCCGCCCCCUUCCCUGGGAGGAGACGGAAGGAGGAACGGAGGCGUUCCGGUUUGUACAGUUAGGAUCGGAUGUAAAACGGAGCUAGCUUUUGAUUUUGAAGAGUGCAUUAACCAGAGUUGUGAUAUGUAGGUGUCUGAGAAAAACAUACCAGAUUAGUUUUUAAAAAUGAAAACAGAAUGCCCACCUGUCCUUUUUCUCACCUGCUGGGUGGUCUGGAGCCCCCGACAGCAACGUGCCUGCCUGACUGACAAAGAGUAACACUGAAGAUUACGGGGUAGAAGAGAGGGAGAAGGUGAGGGGCUGCCCCAGGUGCCCAGAGAUGGGAAGGGAGGGACCCCUGUGGUAUAAGCCAGGGGGGUUGGGGACCUCUCCAAGGCCCCUCAUGUCCCCUCUGCCUCCAUAGUAGCAUGCAGGGAAUGGGUACAGACUUCCUUGGGUGUGGCCCAGAAUGGAAUGAAACCGAAAAAUGUCAGGUCUCAACACGUAAAGGAAGUCCCCUAUACCCCCGAGAGAGUGAGACUGGCAAAUGGACGAACUAGACUCAUGGCUGGGGUCACUGGGCCACGGUUCAUGGCGACAGCCACGUCAUACCCCAGGGGUAUCCAAAUGCAUACUCGUGGGGCCUUGUCCCCUGGCCAAAACCAAGCCGGCCCCGUUCCCACGUCAUCAGACCUCUCUUCCCCCUUCCCAAAGGCACUUCCGUCGCCCCCUGCCCCCAGCUCCCUCCUGCGUUUCUGAGUUCUGUUCACUCAGAAUUGUAAAUGUUUAGUUGUGACCAUGACAUAUUGUUUGGGUCCGUGUUUCUUUCCAAUGCAUACUAAUAUAUUAUGGUUAUUAUAUAUGAAUAUAUUUAAUGACAUGGAAAAAGUUGUGGAUUUUGUUUUUUGUUUUUUUGUUUUUUUUGGUUAGAGUUGUAAUGGACCCAGAUGGAACUUGUAACGUGGGCCCCACAGGAUAGAACUAAGUUCAGAUAUCAUUUAAAUAAACUCUUGUACACUGUU